CAUACGUUUCCUCAUUCUUUUAUGACCCCAACGACUCCUCUGCGUCAGAUUUUUUCUCUACCCCUCAAGCUACAUCCCAAUUUUCUUUCUCGAAGUCUCUGCUUUACCUUUACAACUUUCAUCUUUUUAAUAAUUUUCUUAAUCCGAGUCCGCUUUUAAGUAGAAAUCGAAGAUUAGGGUUUCGAAUUUGAAUCUGGAUUUUGUUAAUUCUGAAAAAUUUGACAGAUGGCUAAUUCUAAAAAACAAGAAUUCAACGAAGAUCGCGUUGAACAAUCAAACGGCAACGACUUCGACGACUCAUCAUCGAUUUUGAACGCUGGCGGAACCUCAACCGCUGGAUCUGGUAGGGUUUCGAGAGAGCGGAGUGAGAUUAGUUUAACCGAGCGAUUGACGGACAUUCUAGUGGACCAAGGAGACGGAGAUUUGUUGCUUCAAAGGAACGAUCGUGAAGACAGGGUUUUGCAGUGGCUGCAAGCGCUAGAUAUGCAGGUCAUUGGGGCUUGCAGAGCUGAUGAGAGGUUAAAGCCGUUGUUGAAAUUGAAUGCUUCCAGUAGUGUGGCUGAGGAUCGGCUCUUAGCGCAUCUCAGUCAGCACUUUAAGCCGUCGGAGGUUGGUAUGCUAGCUAGGUGUUUCUGCAUACCACUGGUUUCGAUUCGUGCUGGGAAGAUUAACAAGCAGGGGACUCUACUGUGCCCGACUGCCAUAAGGGGGGAUUUAAAUCUUACACUGUUGCCAUCAUCUGAUCUGCGCCUCUCAUUCAGCGGUGAUGAUGGUAAUACAGAAAGGCUAUUCACCCUAAGUGGUAAAACCCAAUGUGCUGCUGUUGAAGUUAAUGAGAUCCCCGCUGACAGUUCUGGCCGAUCUUUCAGCUUAAAGAUGUCAGAUGGCAGAGUUUUUUACUUUUGGUGCUCGGAGAAAUCAAAGCUUCUGGGAAUUGAAUUGCUUGCAAAGAUGAAAGAUUUACUGAAGAGGAAACCGUCUAUAGCUGAUUUGACUGGAAUCAGCAAGUCACGUCUUGAUUGCUUUGCAACUCACCUUCGUGCCUACCUUGUGGGAAGCAAUGGCCAGGGAAUUUCUGCUUGCUCUCCUGCCUCUUCCUCAACCACUCCCGAAACCUCUGAUUCAACCUCCACAACAAAGUCUCUGCGCACCAGACAUGUUGGCAAUCAAGCAGUAAAAACAUAUUCAGCUUAUCAGGGAAGCCUCAGUCCAAGAUCAAGUUCCUUCAAAGAGGGCUUACCCAGAAGCUUGUCUUCUUUAAGGAGUGCUGCCAAGGAAAAGUUAAGGCGGCGUGUGGACAGCCAUCUUUCAGCAGUUGAUAACAUGAUGGUUGCAUUGCCACUCAGCAAUGAUGUCUCUUGCAAUCAAUCUGAAAAUGAGAAGUUGCAGGAAGCUAAGAGUUGCCGCCCUUUACCCUCUAGUGUUCUUGAAUCUCUUGGUAGAUUGUCUUUGCCACCGUUUCAGCUCCCUGUAUCUCAUGUUUUGUCAAGUCCACCUCUCUCUCCAUACUAUUGUUGGUGCCCCCAAGGUACAUCGACUUUGCAAUAUCCUUCCACACCUUUAGAAAUCUCAACCUCAUCUAUUGAAUCACCUUUACUGCCACCCCUUCCUCCAUUUUUAUCUGCCAGUAGGCCAUCCAACCUGUUAAGUCCUAUACCACCUCUCAGUUUGGCUGACCUUCCCUCACUGGAUUUUCCUGUUUUGCUGCCAGACCAAUUCGUUCGGUUGCCAAUUCCAAGUUCACAGCAAAUCCCAACUUUCACUCCUUUAAUGUGCGAUCCGAUUGUUCACAUUCCAGUCAUUGAUGUUUGUUCCUCAGGUCAAGGCUACCUAGUGAGUGCUGGACCAACUAUUGCAACCACCAUUCCACCUUUGCAUACAAAACUUGUAAACCCACUGAUCCCUAAUACUGCUGAUUCUGCGGUGGAGAAGGGUGCGAGAGAGACUCUGAGAUUGCUCAUCAGUAGUACAAGCCAAACCAAUCCUCAAUUUAUGGAUGUCUUGCCCGCUGUUUUAACCAAUACUGAUAAGAAGAGUAUGCUUACCACUGGAAGCUGGAGCCUUUACUCAGGAACCAGAGGCGUUGAUGCUAUUGCAAACAGAAUUGCCACCAUGGGCCUGGUUUCAUUAUCUGAGUACUCCAUAGGAGAUUCCGUUGCAGAGAUGAGUGGCAGCUGUGACAAUACCAAUACUUUGCCUGACAAUCUGCCAGAUGAAUCUAGUGCUAUGGAUGGGCCAUAUUCAGAUGAUGAUUGUACUCUGUUUUCAAACGCUGAGGAAGGAACCAAUUAAGGCAGUAUUGCAUUACCACUGUGGAUCUGUUUUUGUCCCUAAUGUGUAGAUACGUUUCCCCAGCCCUGGCAAUUUGAAUUGUAAUUAUUGCAAAUCCUGCCGGAAUUUGUUCCACCCCUAUUCCUUAAUCUUGUUAUUGGGUAGAAAUAGAACUAUUGUAAUAUGUUUUUUUUCCGUGUUGCCUAAUAGAUGUAUUUUUGUUUUCUGUUA